CGUAGCCAGAGAAACACAACCCUACGCUGAGAUCGAGGGGAGGAAACAAACACUGACCCUUCUGUGCGGACCCCACGUAGCCACCUACAAUCUCAACCCCCAGCACAGCAGACUUCGGGACCAUGAAGACGGUGGUGGCUCUGCUGCUUCUCUGUCUGUGCGAUCCUGGACGCAGUGACUGCCAGGCAGACUGCCUGUCCUGCAGCAAAAUCCUGCCCAAGCAGCUCGGUUUCAACACCAUGGUGUGUCUCUUUGAGUGCACUGAAAACGUUUCCCCUUCCUUCUCCUGGGAUCUGUGUCGUAGAGCCCUUUCGUCACCCACUUCCUCCCUGGAUGGCAACAUGAGGAAAAGAUCUCAGGAGGAAGCUGAGGUUCUAUUUCCUGGGGAAGAGGAGCAGAUGGAAGGGGGCCUGCUUCUACCCACUGCAUYACAGAGGCUCGACCAUGUGGCCCAGGAUCUUGGCCUUCACCAAAAGGGUCUGCCUGGCAGUCAGCUGAGCGUGGCCUACGAUCCCCAGAAUGCUUUGUCUUCCCUUGAGGAUGAUUAUGAAGAUAAGGAGGCAGAGCAGGAGGAUGAAGAUGCUGGCGUGGGAGCAAUGGAACUGGGUGAUCCACAGCUGAGCRUCUCCAAGAGAUUUGGCGGCUUUGUCAAAGGACUGCACGGCUACAGGAAACUGACAUCUCCAGGAAGGUCAUACCAGAAGAGAUACGGUGGCUUCACUGGUAUUCGCAAGUCAGCGCGCAAGUGGAACAACCAGAAACGUUUCAGUGAGUUUCUGAAGCAGUAUCUGGGGAUGACCACUCGGGCCAGCGAGUUCAAAAGCCUGUCGGCUGACCUCACCCAGCAGAAUGAAGUGUAGCAUAGUGCACCUUCAAACCUGUGCCAUAAAAAGAAUAAUCUGAUGUGUUUUUACUGGCCUUGGUUUGCAUUAAACUGAUCAGUCUCUCAGCAUUUAUUUUCAAAACAGAUGUACUCGAGAAAAGAAAAAUCCAAACUUUUUACCGAGCUACCAUCAGAGUCCUUAUCAUCAUAGGUCAGGAAAACAUUUGUUUUUCCAUCUUUUUUGUUUCUGUUCGUGAAAAUAAUCAAACUCUCUUUGAACACGUUUUAAUGAAACUUGAUUGUCCAGAGUUGGGAGUAAAAUGAGAAAAAUGAAAAUAAAAAGUUAACAUUGAUCCGUUGGUUUAUGUCUCCAUCUAGUGGCGAAAUUUAUAUAACAGUCUCAUGUGGAUUAUGAUGCAAGUGAUGUAUWUACUUUUUAUGUUGUUAUUUUCUUAUUGCUUCUAAAAUCAUAUAAAUAUCAGUAGAAACACUCUGUUGUGAUUUAUUUUUAAUUAAAAAUCCAGUUAAAAAUUGUUAGUUUUUAAGGUAUCUGCCCCGAAACACACCUCAGACCAGAACUCAGAGGCCAUUUGAAAGGAUGAAUAACCACAAGACUAGACAGCAUGCAACCAUCACUUAAACAUUAUGACACUAAUCAAGCCUAAUUAACUUAUAAUGUGUAAAAGUGAGCAUAAUCUUUGACUGGCUUUUGUGUGUGAAUAUUUCAGUCAUGUAUGUACAAAGUGUCUUUGAACUGUUCUGAUGUAAAGUGUUUCUGUAUACCAGUAUGAAACCUGUAAAUAGCUGAAUUUAAACAUGCCAAUAAAUAUAGUUUACUAUUUCCUUUGUGGCUUGUCAUGCAAAAACUGCUUCUGUGUGUGGAAGUAUGUUUGUAAGAUUUAUAUUUUCAUUUGUGUUUCUUUAAGUAAUUUUAUAUUUGGAAGAAAAACUAUAAAAUGACGUCGUCUAACAUUUAUGGUAAGGUUAGAAAUACUGAUAACCUGGUAAAAUGUGUUAUUCUUUUCCUUGUCAAGUAAAGGUCCACACUUGAUGUUUUCAUAUGACUUCUUGCAUAAAUCYAAUAAAUAGUAGGAGGCUUGUUUGCAAUUUAAA